AAAAGGUCGCGCGAUAAUCGAUGUUAUUUAUGAUCUAACAAGCAAACGAUGAAAUACGCGAUCGUCUUCUGCCUGCUCCUGGUAGCUCUGUGCUACGCCUCUAAAGAGUGCGGCGAAAAUGAGGUUUUUAACUCGUGCGGAUCUACGUGCAUUCCGAAUGAGCCGAGCUGCAGACCGAGGCCCAUUGCGGAUGUACCAUGUCCCGCUGUCUGCAGUCCGACGUGCGACUGUGCCUCCGGGUAUCUUAGGCAUCAUUCUGGGAAAUGCGUGACGAAGGAAAACUGUUAAGGAAAUUCUAAUAAAUCUAUGUGAAAUGCACUUAAAUGUGUUAUUAUAUAUUUUCUCAAUUUUGCUUAUAAAUGUCUAAUUCUCCUGU